CCCAGUUCCCGUACAAGACCUAGAUACCUUCAGAAGGCAGGCAAAUUUUUGCUCGAUCACUAUUUGGCUGUUGGCCUACUGUUAGCGGUCUUGUUUGGUUUGACUGUGUCCGCUCCUGGAGCUUUCUUCGCUUCAAUUGACUUCCAGUUUGUCUGCAUUCCUCUUAUAUUUCUCAUAACUGGGCUCAAAUUGAAGACAGAAGAUCUGAAAGAUGCAUUGAAAGCGUGGCGAGCGUGGAUUUGGGGAAUAUUGAGCAUCAUGUUGGUUACGCCUGUUGUUGGUAUCAAACUGUCAUCAUUACUGCCUGUGAAUGGCAACAUUACAGUUAACGGAACUUUUGUUGCAGACGAGACUGCUAUUGGACCUUAUGAAUUUAAAAUUGGUUUUCAAGUAUUUUGUGUGGCUCCAUGCACUAUUUCAUCGGGUAUCGUAAUGGUGUCACAAUUGGAUGGAAAUUAUGCUCUUGCGGUUCUGCUCACUGUUGUCACAAAUAUUCUUAGUGUUUUCACUAUGUCUCCUCUUCUUUCCCUUCUUGCAUCUUUUAGUUCCACGGGUAGUCUAAGUAUUGGAAGCAUCCUUCUUAAGUUAUUGUUGACCGUGUUGGUACCGAUUGUUGUGGGGAAAGUUCUCAGUUUGAUAAAACGAGUGAGACAGGUUGUUACAAGGUUUGGCAAGCCGCUUAAGUUUGCCAGCAUGUCUCUACUCAUUCUCAUCCCAUGGAUGAAAAUCAGCAAGGCAAACAAGUCUGGCAGUUUUAGUGGUAUUUCUGCUGUGAACAUUGUGUCAAUUAUUGGCUUUGCUGUUGCAUUGCAUUUCUCUUUCCUUCUCAUCAACACAGUGGCAUCUUUUCUUCUCAUUUUGUCUAAAGAAGCACGGAAGGCUAUCAUCAUUCUUGCUAGCCAGAAGACUCUGCCUAUAGCUUUGUCUGUUUUGGCUUAUUUGCCUGCAUCUGUUGGAGACGAAGGUUUACUGACUAUUCCCGUUAUCAUAUCUCACAUGUCACAGAUUAUUGCUGAUGCAUUCAUUGUGUCACUGUGGCUGCGUUAUGAAUCAAACAAACACAAGACUACAGAGGAAAUGGAGAUGAGAAUAAUAGAUGAACAAAUGGAAACUGAAACUUUGGUGGAUGAAGAGGAGACAGAACUUAAUGCUGAAGAUGACAAAGAAAGUAGAUACGAAGAACAAAGACAAGACAAAUAGG